AUGGAGGCAGCUCUGGUGAGCGCAGCGACGGGAGCCCUGAAACCUGUCCUAGAGAAGCUGGCCGCUCUGUUGGGCGAGAAGUACAAGCAUUUCAAGAGAGUGUGUGGCGAUAUCAAAUCUCUCACUCAUGAACUCGCCACCAUGGAUGAUUUUCUCCUCAAAAUGUCGGAGGAGGAGGAUCCUGAUCCCCAGGAUAAGGCGUGGAUGAAUGAGGUCAGGGAGCUCUCCUAUGAUAUGGAGGACUCCAUUGACGACUUCAUGAAACAGGUUGAUGACAAAGACACUAAACCAGAUGGCUUCAUGGAGAAGAUCAAGAGCUCGCUUGGCAAGAUGAAGGCCCGUCGUCGGAUCGGCAAGGAGGUCAAAGAUCUCAAGAAACAGAUCGUUGAGGUGGCGGAGAGAAAUGCAAGGUACAAGACCCGUGAGGCCUUCUCCAAGACCACUAAUGCAACGGUUGAUCCUAGAGCUCUUGCUAUCUUUGUGCAUGCCUCAAAGCUAGUCGGGAUUGAUGAACCCAAGAAGGAGAUAAUCAAAAUGUUGACAGAAGUCAAGAUAUUUGGAUGGCUGUUCUGUCGUGACCGCCUAAACACCCGAUGCAACCUCUUCAAGAAGACCAUCGUCAGCUCUGAUAUUUGCCCCCGCUGCAACCUCCUUGCUGAAUCCAGGGACCAUCUAUUCUAUCUUUGUCCCUCAAGCCAAGCUAUCUGGCGCCGCUUGGGUAUCAGCCACCCCGUGUCAGGAACUACACCUUGGUCAGCCGCAAUGCCUUCGGGAGGACAGGAACCCAAGUUAUGGCCGGCUUUGCUCUUGGUGGUGCUAUGAAAAAUUUGGGACUCGCGUAACAGUGUUGUUUUCCGUAAUAUAUCAUUACCCCCUGUUGUAAUUGUUAGGAACAUAUUAGAUGACUUUACAUUAUGAUCUCAUCGGCUGCGGAAAGCCGAUUUAAAGGUAGCCGCUGAGUCAUGGCGAGACUACCUAUCAUCGCGUCUCGCGAUUCAUGUAACACAGCCCCUUUGGGUAAUGGUAUUCAGGUGGGGAUUUAUUCCCCCCCACCCCCUUGAUCUCU